AUGCCCAGCGACGACAACAUUACGGGACUGAUCCUGCUCGAGGAGAACGAACUGCGAUUCCCUCGAUUCACAAACGAGGAUGCGUACACGCUCGGCCAGCACAUUCGCAAGCGCUUCAAGGCUACAAAUCGGUGGUCAAAGGGUAAAGGUGUCGCGAUCGCCAUCAAGAGCGUUGCAGGUCACGUUCUUUUCGCAUGUACGGUUGGCGAGAGUGGAGACGUGGAUCUCGAGUCGUGGAGCUGCAUAGAGGGAAUGAUAAAUACAGUGAUCAAGACUGGUCAUUCCUCGUACUAUGUCGAGAGAAAUCUCACAAUGCACGGCAGGUCUCCUGAGCAGAUAGGCCUUACAUUCCCAGAGUAUCGCCUGGACGGCGGCGCAUUUCCAAUCUGGUUGACUAACGCCACUCCUACUCCGAUAGCUGUCGCUGCUGCCUACGGGGAUUCGUCGAUGGAGGACCAUCAACUAGUAGCUAAGAGCAUCAAGGACUAUCUUAUCAAACUCGGAGAUCAGAACGGUGAUCAGGAACCACUCGGCAGUCCACAUCGAAGAGUUGGGAGCGUUGCAUCCAUGCGAUGA